UCCACUAAACUCCCCAAAUCCCUCAAAUUCAAACCUCCAAAAUCUUUCUCACAAAAACCCACAAACCAACUUUCUCAAAAUCACUGAUUCUUCGUCUUCUUCUUCGUUUUCGUUGCUUACUCAUUUCACAAAAAUGGAUCCCAAGUUCAAUGGCUUGCCUCCUCACAAACGACUCAGACUCAUCCACCAACAAGAACAACAGCCUUCCUUCUCAUGUCUUCCGGCAAAGAAGCGGACGGAGACAAGGGACCCACCGGCUCUUCCCGACCCCAAGACCGAAGCCAUAGGAUCUUAUUGCUUGCCGGCCAAGAAACGGGUUUGGGCCCUUCCGCCGGAUCUCAUACCCCAGAAGCCCCAAUUCGACCUUAAUGCCGACUACAAAGAAGAACAAAAAGAAGAAGAAGAAGCAAAUGUCCAAGAAGCAAAAGUAGUGGUAGAAGAAGAAGUAGAAGAAAAUAUCCGAGAAGAAAAAGUAGUAGAAGAAGAAAAUGUCCGAGAAGAAAAAGUAGUAGAAGAAGAAAAUGUCGAAGAAAAAGUAGAAGAUGAUGGGAUUGUUUGCGCUGUUUGCGAGAGCACCGACGGAGAGCCGUCGGAUCCGAUCGUGAUAUGCGACGGGUGCGAUCUAAUGGUCCACGUUUCCUGCUACGGCAACCCCCUCACGAAGGAGAUUCCUGAAGGGGAUUGGUUCUGCGCCCAGUGCUCGGAUUCCGAUUCCAAGUCUUGUGAAAACGACAAGUCGUUUUCUUGCUGCCUGUGUCCGGUCAAGGGAGGGGCGAUGAAGCCGACGGGAGAAAAUGGCAAGUGGGCCCAUGUCGUUUGCGCGCUUUUCGUUCCCGAAGUGUUCUUCAGAGACCCGGAGGGACGAGAAGGGAUUGAUUGUUCGAAGGUUCCGCAGAGCAGGAGGGAACACACGUGUUAUUUGUGUAAAACGACAAAUGGAUGCGCUAUAAACUGCUCGGAGCCUAAGUGUCGUUUGGCGUUUCAUGUGACCUGUGGCUUGAAUGAAGAUCUUUGUAUCGAGUACAGAGAAGGGAAGAAGAAAGGUGCUAUUGUUGCUGGGUUUUGUAAGACUCACACUGAUCUCUGGAAGAAGCAAGAACGAACUGGGAAGUUCAAGAUUGUGGCGAGGGAAGACUAGAAGAUGGAUCAGCUAGUUGGUUUUGCUUUCUCUUUAUUUGUCUUCUAGAUUAUAGGUUUUUCUAGUUUUAGGCUCUAGUAUUUUGGUUAAUUUCAGUGCUUAGUGUUUACUGAUAAGUGAACUGUAACUCAGCCUAAAAGCCUAAUGGAAAAGAUUGAAAAUCUUUGGAAUUUGGGUUGAUUAGACAUUAUCCAUUGCAGUUCUGGGAGGUGUUUGUACAAAGAAAGUUCAAAUCUUAGAGGCUGUUCUGGCUGAAUUUGAUGU